AUGGGAAAACAGCCUCUGGGGUGGAUAAUUGUGGACUCGCUGGACACGCUGAUGCUGAUGAAGUGCGACGAGGAGCUACGCGAGGCCCGCUCGUGGGUCAAACACGAGCUCGAUUACGAUUUUGACUACAACGUCAACACCUUCGAGACCACCAUCAGAAUGCUAGGUGGCCUAUUGUCGGCCCACUACCUCAGCGAGGACGACGUGUAUCUGGAGCAGGCUGCGCGGCUGGGAAAUAAGCUGCUUGGUGCGUUUGGCUCGAAGAAGGGCAUUCCGUACGCAUCGGUCAACCUCAAGUCCGGCAAGGGCAUCCCCAGCCACGUCGACAGGGGAGCCAGCUCUACGGCAGAGGCCACGAGCGUGCAAUUGGAGUUUAAGUACCUGGCACAAUUGACCGGCGAGGAAUUGUACUGGCGUGCAGCCGAACAGGUCAUGAAGUCAUUGGACGAGGCGGACCCAACAGACGGUCUGGUGCCGAUCUACAUCCAGCCAGAAACAGCAAAAUUCCAGGGCAACUUGAUCAGACUUGGUUCCCGCGGCGACUCCUACUACGAGUAUCUUCUCAAACAGUACUUGCAGACUAGAGAACCAGUGUAUCUCGAAAUGUAUCUCGAGACGGUUGCCGGUAUCCGCAAACACCUUGUGCGCUACUCGAAGCCAAAUAAUUUGAUGUUUAUAGGAGAGCUGGAGCGCGGCAUUGGUGGCCCGCUGAGCACCAAAAUGGACCAUCUGGUCUGUUUUGCCGGAGGUAUGUUUGCUAUGGGUGCCACCGAGGGACUUGACUACGAAACAGCAAGAAGACUGUCAACCUGGACCGACGAAAAAGAACAGCAGAUGACCAUGGCCAAGGAGCUCACACACACGUGUUACAGAAUGUACCACGACGUGCCUGCCACGGGGCUUGCGCCGGAGAUUGUGGUUUUCAAACAGGAUGCAAAUAGCGACAAGGACUUCUACAUCAAGCCUGCAGACAAACACAACCUCCAGCGUCCAGAAACCGUCGAGUCGCUUUAUUACUUAUACAAAAUCACCGGCGACAUUAAAUACAGGGAAUGGGGCUGGGAGAUUUUCGAAAAUUUUGUCAAGCACACCAAGGUGACGUCCGGGGGCAAGGACAGCAAGCCAAGAUACACAAGUCUGGACGACGUAACAGUGAGCCCGCCAAAAAUGCGUGACAAUAUGGAAUCAUUCUGGCUCAGCGAGACCUUGAAGUACCUGUAUUUGUUGUUUGACGAUGAGACCGAUCCUAAAUGGGAUCUGGAGAACAUGGUUCUCAACACCGAGGCACAUCCGUUCCCACGGUAUGCCAAGGCGCCAUUUGCCACUGGAUGGAGACGGCAGGGGAAGCUUGAGAGCUUGGAGCCGGAGAAGAAGGAGACUCCGGCGCAGGAGGUGGAACUUGGCAACGCGGACACAGACCUUGAUGUUUCGGAGGCGAAACUCAAAGCUUCCCGCGACAAUGAGGCCGUGGCCGAGGCUCUCAAGCAGAAAGGAGAGUUGCCCGUUGCAAAACAGCCGGUGGCCAAGCCGUUGAACGAACAAGUCGACAGUGUGAAGGAAGAGCUUGUGAAACAGGGCGAUGUGUAG